AUGGCAUGUGCUUCGGCCUUUGUCAGCUCCGCGCCCCACUCCGCCAGCAGCCCAGCCCUGCGCGCUAGCUCGGCAACCCCGGCAACGCCGGCAACUGCCAGCACAGCGCCGGCCCCAGCUGCAAACGCCGUUGGCAUCGCUGCAGGAUUGGUUGGGACUCUCGGCAUGGUCCAGGCAGCCAAGAACCGAAAAAGGACUCGCGUGGCCCGCUGCCAGCAGGCUCCCCGCCAGACGGCAGUGGCUGAGCGCAAGACCACCGACCUGUCCGGUGCUCUGCCCGACUGCCCUCCCACCAUCUGGAAUGCUGAUGACAUUGACAUCCAGAAGCUGCCGCCUAUCAAGGAGACUGCUCCCCUCAUCAUCGAUGCCGCUGAGCUCGGGGAUGAGCUGAAGAAGGGAACGGAGAAAGAGUGGUUUCUUGCCCAGCGAGAGAAGAUCAUGGCACAGCUGCAGGAGCACGGUGCCAUCUGGUUCCGGAACUUUGAAUCCACCAAGGAUGCCGAGGGCUUCCGGGCCUUUUACGAAGCGCUGCAGCUGAACCCAUGCCUGGACCCCAUCCACACUUCAGGUCUCCGAGCUAUGGAGGUGCAGAAGCAUGCUGUCUACGAGGCAGUCAACAAGCCAUCUCUUGCCCAGCAUUUCGUUGGCCUCCACAAUGAGUCCACCUUUGUGAAGACAGCCACCUACGGAGCGUUCGUGUGCUUCGAGCCAGCCUCUGAGGGAGGUGGUGAGUUCUUCAUCGCAGAUGGAGCCAAGAUUGUGAACGACUUGGACAAGGAUGUUUUGAAGAGGAUCUACGAGAACAAGGUUCGAAUCUCUGUGAGCAAUCUCGACCUCAACUUCCUCGGAGGUCUGCCAGAUGGCUUCCGCGAGCAGGCCUCCGAGUUCCUUCAGGAUCUGAUCCUGAAGGUGGUUGCUCCGAAGUUCGAGAUGGAUUUGGAGAUGAUUUUCGGCGCUGACCAGUCCAACCCAUACCGCCUGCAGGCCAUUGAGCACGCCCAGUCACCGAUCAACAAGCACCCGGUGACAGGUCAGCCUGUGUGGUUCUGCAACUUGCACAACCACAGCCGUUACUUGCGUGACCGCCGACCCUGCACUGUGCCCGAAGUGGGGAUGACGGACGUGUACAGCGGAGACCUCUCCACCAUCCCCUACGACGACGUCCGGCACAUCAACGAGGUCUGCGAGCGAAACCUGGUCACGAUGCCCAUGAAAAAGGGUGACGUCGUCCUGCUUGACAACUACCGUGUUCUGCAUGGCCGCAACACCUUCCAGGGUGACCGCAAGCAUGCAGUUACCUGGUUCGAGUCCUGCGGUGAACCCCUGCAAAGGGAUGGCUCGUCCCAGGACAAGCCGGACGACUUCAUGAACACGCUAAUCAACAAGACGCUGGUGUGA